UAUUGUGCUUAGAACUUGAGACUUUAAAGUUAGUUUAUCAUUAAUUAUUUUUACUGUGUUUGUGUGGCUUACUUACUUAAUAUUUUCACGAUUUUAAUAUAAUUAUGUUAAAAUACAGCACUGGUUAUGCUAAAUCCAGCAAGUCUACUUGUGGCAAGUGUAAUAAAAAUAUUGAAAAGAAAACCUUAAGAAUUGCAGUUUUAAGGAAGAUAAAAGGGAUAAAAACACCAAAAUGGUAUCAUGAACAGUGUUUUUUUAAUAAUGAUUUUCGUGUAGGUGAAAUAAAUGAAUUUGAAUAUUAUAAUACACUUGAUAAUAAAGACCAAGAAAGACUCAAGAACAAAUUAGUUGAUCCUUAUGAAUUAAAUGAUAAAACAAUUGAAAGAAAUGAAAAUAGGAGGUACCACAAAGCUGUACUCUCUGAAUUUAUGGUUGAAAUAAGUGCAAAUUAUAAAAAAACUUGCAAUGAGUGCAAAGCCAAAGUUCUAAAAGGUGACUUGAUGAUGCGUAAAUUAGUGUAUGAUGAGAAAGUGGGUGAAUUUUAUACAAAUUAUCAUGUUAAAUGCCUCUCUUUAACUGAUUAUGGUGUAAAUUUUGCAUUUCAUCUAAAUGAUUUACCAGGAUUUAAUGAGCUUUCUGAAGAAAAUCAAUCAAAGCUCAGAGAACAGCUAAAUAUGAAUGAGGAUAUGCCAGACUCAAUAUGUAAGAAAAUAAAAUUGGACUAUGAUGUGAAGGAUGAAGAGAAAGAAAAUAAGACAAAUUAUCAUUUGGUAUUGUAUGAUAAAUAUCUCAGAGAAUUGUCUAAUGUUACAAAAAAGUCUUUUGAGCUUUUGUGCAAACAAAAUUAUAUGAGGCUAUUGAAAGGAAAAGACAAGCAAUUGAGCCAAAUAGCAGAUUGUUUGGCAUUUGGUGCCCUUGAGCGAUGCCCCAAGUGCAGAGGACAACUCCAACUAGAAACAUUUUAUUAUGAAUGCACAGGGUUUCAGAACGUCUGGUCAAAAUGUGAUUACCGAACGAAGACCCCUUCUAGAAAGUGUAUGGAGAUUCCCGAUGAGAUUCUACAGGAGGAAGUGUUCAGAAGUUAUGUUCCAAGUAUUGGAGUGAGAUUAUUUUGUGAUGAGCCGAUCGCAACCGCUGUUAAGCUUAAUAAUAAUGUUUUAAAAACCAAAGUUAAAAAGGAAGCAGUAAGCCUUCCACUAAAGAAUGUUCAGUUCUACCUGUAUCGUUACGAUGCAGCAGAGCAGGAGGCACUUCGGCGAAGAAUACUGAAGUUGGGUGGCUUGGUCACUAGUCGCAUAGUGGACACUUUGGCAGCUGUUGUCACUACGAAAGAAUCGCUGGAGAAACCUUCGAGGCUAGUUAAUCAAAUAAAACGGCUAGAUAUUCAUGUGGUAGACGAGGCGUAUUUCGCUGCAAUUGAAUCGUCUGAAAAUAUGAAAGUUUUUGAUUCACUGGCACUUAUUGAGAAAUACAAGAUAGCUGAAUGGGGAUCUGACGUUUACUCCCGUGUACCUGAAGAUGUCAUCAAGGAGAGACCGGUGAGGGUGUCUGGCGACAAAUACAAAACGGGUCAUGAUAAACCGAAAAUAGUCACUGUGAAAGUCAAGGAUGGUGUUGCGUUAGAAUCAGGCACUUGGCUGGAGGAAAAUGCUCAUGUGUACAAAGAAGGGUCGGACCACUACAGUGUCAACCUGAAUCGUGUUGAUGUCAGUUAUAAGCAGAUGGAGAACUAUUCGUAUAGACUGCAGCUUGUAGAACACGAUUUUGAAAAAAGGUACGCUGUAACUAUGUGGUGGGGAGAAACUGGUACUCUAGGAAGACUUACUGUAGAAGAUUGCGAUGAGAACUUAGCCCACGCAAUAAAGUUAUUCAAGAGGAAAUUCUUUCAAAAGACCGGCAAUCAAUGGGACCGUCGGGACCAAUUUCAGAAGCGUAUGGGCAAGUACGAUAUAGUUAACACAGCAAAAUUUGUCGAUGAUGAAUCCGUAUUGCAGUUGAAAAUGAAUAUGCAAAGCUCUCUGCCUGCAGCUAUCCAGCGAUUGAUGAUACUAUUGUUCAACAUUAAUGUCAUCAAUAUGACCAUAGCAGAUAUUAACGAUUGUUUGAAGGUUGUAAAAUUCUCUCUGAAAAUAAAUGACGGGGAAAUAAAUCCAUAGGAAUAAAAUAAUUUACAGAAACAAAACGAUGCGUAUGACGCGUCAAAAUUGCCCUUAGGCGUUCUUUCGCAGGAGCAAAUUUCGAAGGGAGCUGAAGUGCUCUAUGAGCUAAGUAGAUAUAUUCCGAAGGGGAAGGUGUCUCAAAGUAAAUUCAAGGAACUUUCUAACAUGUUCUACACUUACAUACCACACAAGGGUGAUAUAAAAACGUUGAAAAUUCUUGAUAGUUUGAAAGAUAUCGCUGAAAAAAUUGUAAUGUUAUACAACCUUCAAAACAUACAUAUAUCAUACAACGUGCUAGUGGACAAAAUGGAGGAGCCGAUUAGUAGAAUGGAAUCCUGCUACAGCAGGCUGGAUACCGAGAUAUAUUCCUUAGAUCCUGACUCAAGCGAAUAUAAACAAAUAAUGAGAUACUCAAAGACUAACAAGUCAGAGAUACAUACAUUCGAUUUUGAGGUGGACGAGAUAUUUAAAGUCGAACGUCAUGGAGAAUUGGAUCGCUAUAGCACAUACAAAUCAUUUCAUAAUAGAAUGCUAUUAUGGCACGGUUCUCGGCUCUCUAACAUUGCGGGAAUACUAAAGAAAGGUUUGCAAAUAGAUCCACCCAAGGUGAAACGAACAGGUGCCAUGUUUGGAAAGGGUAUUUACUUUGCUGACGUAGUCACCAAGUCAGCUCAGUACCUCAAUACAUCUCCCGAAUUUCCUACAGGCAUUUUAUUUUUAUGCGAGGUGGCUCUUGGAAAAAUGUAAGAGUGUGUUGAUGCAGAGAAUAUUACUGAGUUAGAAGAUGGAUAUAACUCCGUGUGGGCGGUGGGUAAGCGACAGCCUGAUCCAGAUCUCAAGGAGUACUUAGCGGAUGGCACUGUAGUACCAGUCGGAAAUAUUGAGCCCAAUAAAUUAAACGCAGAUGUGACACUGAUGCACAACGAAUAUGUUGUGUACAAUGAAGCUCAAGUCAGCGUCAAAUAUUUGGUGCAAAUAACUAUGAAGUAUUAGAAAACAUUUUUUUUCUAUUAAGCGGAUUUUAUAAUAAAAAUUUACGAUUACCGCAGUAUGCAAAUAUUAUGACAAAUACAACAUAUUCUUAACUAGAUUCUCAACAAGCUUAGUAGAAAUUUGCAGUGCUUCGGUUGUUGCUAUUUUAUUUUUAACUAUGACAAUUAAUAAAAAAUCAAUAAAAACCAUAACAUUGUGUGCCUUGUAUAAGGGGAUUUUUACCAGAAGAUAUUAUGGUUCUUACUUAUACCUACCACUUGUAUUUAUCUUUUGCAUUUUGCACAUUGACGUACUAUAAACAACUAGACCUCAAUCGCCAAAUCGAAAGGUCGUCAAAAAAUUCCGAGUUUUUAUCGCACAUUUCGUCGGCGAUGUAUUUUGAUUGAGUAAUUGUAAUAUCAUUAUUUAGCGAAAUGAUCAAAAACUCCCAAGUUAGUUACAUAAUUUAGUUAAUUUAAAGGGCCGCUUAACUGAAAUGAAAUAGGCCAACCUUUUUAAGUUUGAAGUUUUUCACUGAACAUUUUGUUAUUGCGUGACUUUGUAUUCGAAGCGCAGUCGCAACACACCUGAACGAAAACUGUGCCUAAUUGACUCGAAGGCGGAGUUUUGCUUCAGACAAUUUUUGAGCGUGAUUGUUAUUCUAGUUGUUUAUUGUUCGUGAAUGAUUUUGCAGAGUGUGUAUUUUGCUUUUGUAUUGUAUUCAUAUAAUGCUUUUUUAUGUUAUAUAGAGUUGUCACAAGCAUCGUAUAGUAAAAUAUCUAAAUUUUAUUAAAUAUUAUUAUUAUUUAAUAUUAUUAAAAUAGUAAGUACUAGCAAAAGUAAUCAACAUUAUAUAUUUUGUUAAUAACAAUCGCUGAAAUGGUUGAAACAGGGCACAGUCCUAGCCCCCCGUGAUUAUUAUAAGAAUUAUUCUAAGAAAAAAACUCCCGAGGAAGGAUUUUAGAGUGAUGAAGAGAUGAAGCCGGUAGUUGACGGGAAUUUUCAAGUCACUUUAUGGAAAAUGUAAGAAAUAUAUUGAAGUAUAAGGGGACUUCAUAGAAAAAUAUUUUAUAUACAUUUUUAAUACGGUAUUCACUUUUAUAUUUGAGCCGCCCCUCCUAGUGUUAUUAAAGUGUAUAAAUGGUAAAGAAGAAUAUGACUAUAUUGAUGUACUUAAAUCAUGAUCAUCUUUCUUAUUUAUUGAAUUUAAAACUUCAUUCGACUUUAUAAAUACUCUAUUUUUGUCCUAAUUUUCUUUUUGUGAAACGGUAUUUAACCAAGAGGUGCUUUACGGAAUAUAAAACGGUUUUUUGAAAUGUGUAAGUUUGUACAUAAAAAAAUAGGGAAAUUUAUUUUUGCGUUUAUGUCUGCGUUGGUCUGUUAUCACACAAAUAAUUAGAACUUAAUCCAAAAUCGUCUCGAGAAAUAGAUUGUUGUAGUAGUAUAUACGGUUUUUCUUAAAUCUUCCUUCAUUUUUUAUUACUGCAAUUGAAUUGCUUUUUAUUGUGCCAAGUAAUUUACGGACAGUAUGCAUACCACGUAGGCAAUAAAUAUACCACUAAUGUUUAAGUUGAUAGUCAUUGUCAGUAGAUCAGUACCAAAUAUUACUUUACGAGUGAUGUUUAUGCAUUUUUGAGAUAA